AAGUACAUGGUUGCCAUGGAAUGAAAAUUUUGUUUAGUCUUUCAGUGGCAAAAAAUCUGGUGAAUCUCAAUUCCAUUGAAAUAUUUGAUUGUAAGGAAAUGAAAUACAUAGUCUUGAAGAAGCAGAAGAAGAAAAUAGUGAAAUUCUUUUUAACAAACUGUUUGAAAUCAGUUUAUAUAACUUACAAGACUAGCAAGCUUUUAUUACAUAGGAAAUGCAAGCUUACGUUACCUUGGUUGCGGACCUUGGAAAUAGAAGAAUGCAAUGAAAUGGAGAUCUUUUCAAAUGGAAUAAUAGCAUAGAAGAAGGUAAAGCUCAGUAUUGGGGCACCUUAUCCAAAACCCUUUUUCACUCACAAGCUUUCAUUUCCCGCAUUGGAGAUUUUAACGAUUGAUGGAGGAAAUAGUUUGGAGAUGUUAUGGAAUAAGAAUGAGCCGAUUGCAAGUUCCUUUUGCGAACUUCAAGAUAUAAAUAUUGAAAACUGCAACAAGUUGAGACGCAUGUUUCCUUGGAGUAUAGUGAAAUCACUUGCUUUUUUAGAAACACUGAAUAUCUUUGAUUGUGAGUUAUUAGAAAGGAUAUUUGAAACCGAAAAGUCGAGUUUUGCAACAGAAGAAGAAGAAAGUGGUGAAAUUGUCUUCAACAGUCUGACUCAUCUAGAAUUUUAUAAUUUACCAAGAUUAGCUUGUUUUUACUUUGGAAAAUGCACACUUAAAUUUCCUUGCUUGAAUUUCUUGAAGAUAAGCAGAUGCCAUGAUAUGAAAACAUUUUCAUAUGGAAUAACGAACACUCCCAAUUUGCAAGCCAUCGAGAUAGGAGAAAAUGAAGUCCUAGUAUCAUCAACAAAGGGGAUAAAUGACAUUAUCCAAGUUUUCUUCACACAAGAGGUUUCAUUUCCUCAAAUGGAGUAUCUAUACAUUGAUAGAUGUAACAAUUUGGAGAUGCUAUGGCAUAAUAAUGGACCAAUCAAUACUUCCUUUACCAAACUUCAAACAAUCAGGAUUGAAUAUUGCAACAAGUUGAAAUGCGUGUUUCCUUCAAACAUAGUGGCAUCACUUGUUUGUUUAGAGGAUUUGUAUAUCUGUUCAUGUGAGUUAUUGGAAAGGGUAUUUGAAAUUGCAAAGCCGACCUUCGGUGAUACAAAAGUACUAGUGCCAUUGAGAAGUUUAUAUUUAAGUCGUCUACCAAAUUUAAUGUACGUGUGGGACAAAGAUGCUGGUGAUGUUUUGGAAUUUCCAAAUCUAAAGAAUGUCGAUGUUACUUCUUGUUCCAAGUUGAAAAGUAUUUUUCCAGCGUCCUUCACCAAAUAUAUGAAAGAAAUUGAACGGUUAAAUGUGGAAGAGGAAAACGAAAUAUUUCCAGUGGAUGAAGCAUCAAACAUGGGAGAGGUAGUACGAUUCCAGAGCUUGGAAACAUUAGCAUGA